GCCCUCAUUGUUCUUACUGGUCUGCCCUGCUUCCAGCUUUUCUACAACUUGUGUGACCUAUACACAGAUUGUAGACUACUUUCACAUGCAAAGGGAUUUCGCAUCUCAAAUGAAGACGCUGUGCUGCUCACGUUUAUGAAGUUGCAGCACAACCUGACAUUUUCAGUGUUAGGUGUACUCUUUGGUGUUCAUAGAACCACUGCAGCCGACAUCUUUAAAGCAAGUGUGACAGUCCUUGCAGCAAUAUUGCGAGAGGCAGUCUAUUGGCCAACAAAAGAAGCUGUCGUUGACAAUAUGACUGUGUACUUUAAAGAUUACACCACUGUACGCGCAGUACUUGACUGUACUGAGAUACCAUUGCAGAGGCCCAAGGACAUGGAGUCUCAAUUGCUGACUUACAGUUGGUAUAAAGGUACAUACACAGCUAAAAUUCUUGUCUGUGAGACACCAGGAGGACACAUCAGCUAUGUCAGCAAUGCCUAUGGGGGAAGGGCAUCCGAUUCCUUCAUAACUAAGGAAUGUAGAGUGUUGGAGAAGUUUCUACCUUCUAUAGACAGUGUUAUGGUAGAUAAGGGUUUUCUGAUUGACAAAUUAUGCCUUGAACACCACAUUAAAAUGAUGCGUCCACCUUUUUUGAAGACCAAAAAGCAGCUUUCAAAAGAUGAUGCUGAAAGAAAUCAAAGCAUUGCUGCAGCACGAGUUCACGUGGAGAGGGCAAUCCAGCGAAUGAAAGCAUUCAAGAUUUUGGGAGGAAAUGUAGGAAUAGAACUUUUUCCUUUUAUUGAUGACAUUGUGCAGAUCAUAGCUGGAAUUGUGAACCUUUCUAAGCCAAUUUUCAGUGAUGACAAGUUUUUAAAUUAGGAAAUUAUUUAAUACGACAGAGCACGCAACAGAGAGGCCACGUAAACAAGCCUGCAUUUAUUUUUGGUCAUUAGUCGCACCGUCUAGAGAAUCUGUAGAUGCUGAUGCCCUUAAUUUUACUAACAGUGGUUCAGAGGUGAACAUGUAUGUGCAUGAAAACACUUUUUUGAUGUAAAAAAUCCUCUCUAAGCAACGAUCUUGUUGCAGAUUACUCACAAUAUAGCUCAAUAGUACAAUGAAUGCGACACUAGGGUUGUUUGUACAGUCUGCACCUUUGCAAUCAAUUUUCUGUUCAUUAUUAAAAGCAAUGUUCACAUCUUGAGUUUUUUAACGAGUUACAUACGGGAGCACAUAAGACUUAAAAAAAUAUACAGCUCGCUCUACAACAGUGCUAAAAAAGUCUCUAUCAAAAUUAGCUGUUAGCAGCAGCACAUUCUCGCUGUCCUGAAAAACAAAGAAAUCAGCCAUCUCUACUUCUAGAAUACCCAUUUGCACUUGAAUUUGGCAGAAAUAUCUACUUGUUUUCUUAAGGCUAAGGUUGCCGUUGCUCAGUGUUGUUAGCUCCUUAGCCUUAAACCUUUCCAAAUUAACUGGGCAUUUUACUUCUAGCACUCUGGUAGCACAGCAGCUACAAGUAACAAGUCCAUCUGGACUUGCUCCAAUACAAGGGUUUUCUUUGGAAAUUACAAGGCCUAUGCUUUGUAGUUGGAGAUUUUGGUGUGUUGUUGUGGCUAAGUAGAAGUUUUUUGCUGUGUUCUCAAGCAAGGAUCCUCUUGACAUAGCUGGAGUUUGCACCGUUUGUUCCUUCAUCACUGACUUAAGCAGAGGGCGCACAUCAUGAGGGCCCAUUCUUGUUUUCAGUGUAUGCACUCGCGUGUACACAGAGUAAGCAAUAGAUGCUGUUAUAAGUCCUUUCCUGUAGAGCAUCCAGUGUUGUGAGUUCACCUGUUGCUCUGUCAAAUGCGUGAUUGUCUGAAUGUUUGAUUGUGUGAAUGUCUGCUGCAAUUGUAUAUAAAUGUCUUCUGUUGAAAGUGCCCCCGCUUCCACUGCUUUGAUGACGGCUUCUGUCAGUGCUGGUGGCCUUGCUACGCAAGACUCUUCCUUAUUGUGCUCCAAUAUUUCUCCACAUGCACUGUGUUCAUUUGGCAUUGGGGUUGUAUUUGCUGCAUCUGCAGCUCUGCAGUCUUGUUUGCCACUUGAAGAUGAGCUGCUGGCUACAUCUGCUGGAUGCGUGGGGUUUCCUGGAAUGCAAGCACAUUGUGUAAGUGCCAAAAGUCAUGACCGCAGCUUGACAAAAUGCCGCCACAUGAGCGUAUGGUAUAUUGUUGUGCUGUAAAGAUGGCAAGCAUACGUACAUCAACACUAAAAACAAGAAACAAAUACAAACCGUGCUAAUGUCAUUUGUGUGCCACCUUGUGUGUGCAGUGCAACAAUACCGCAUACAGUGAUGCCAUACCAACUAGCCCCAAUCGAAGCACUUCUUACAACACAUGUACAGUCCAAUUUUGCUCAUUGUACAUAAUCUGCCUUGUAUUAAUGUUUAGACUCUAUGACUGUGACUGGGAAUUAUGUCCACAAUUUGUAUAAGUAGUUGCUCUAUUGUUUUGAU